GGCGCUGACCGGGCGCAUCGUGUCGCACCUGCGCACGCGCUGCCUGGACACGCUGACGCGGCUGCAGCCGAUCCCGUGGUGUCCCGAGUUCCGGCUGCCACUGCAGGAGUACUUCAUCGCGCUCAGCCUGGCGUCCAUGUCGGCACGCGGCGAGCGGGUGUACCAGCCGGUGGAGCUGGAGCAGAUUCUCGCUCCUCUGACGGCGCACGAGGCUGGCGUGCCGGCCCGGCCGCGCCGCAUCCUCGUGGAGGGCGAGCCCGGCUUUGGCAAGAGCACGCUGGCGCUGAAGCUGCUGCACGACUGGGCCACCGACCGGCCGUCCUCCUACCUCUCCGGCUUCCAGUUCGCGUUCCUGAUCCCGCUGUGGGAGUUCAGCGGCUCGCUGUAUAACUUCCUGCACCACGAGCUGCUGCCGCGCCACAUCGUCGGUCGCGACCGCAUGGAGCAACUCUGGCAGUACCUGGCAGAGCACGAGGACCGCGUGCUCUUCCUACUGGACGGGCUGGACGAGCUGCGCGACGAGCAGCGGCCGGCCGUGGCUGAGCUGCUGGCCGGCCGGCUCUUCCUCAACAGCACGGUGCUGGUGACGUCGCGUCCCAGCCACGUGGCCGACGCGCUGCCCUGGGUGCACCGGCGCCUCGUCAUCCAGGGCUUCGAACGGCCCGACGUGGGCCGCUACGUGCGCCAGUAUUUCGGCUGCGUGCAGCGACCGUUUGGCAAGAUUGCUGUCCAGCUGUGCCUGGAGGGACGCGUCUUCUACACUGAGCAGGAGAUUGUCAACCAUGUUCCUGACCGCGAGGUGUUCGAGUGGGGCUUUCUGACGCGCGUCGUCAGCGUGUCCAAG